AUGGACCAGGGCGAAGAGGCGCGAGUGAAAGGCAAAGGGAAUGGGAAGGAGAUUGUGAUUCGGUACAACGGUGAAGUGAUUGAGGGCGAGCACCCGACGGUGCUGCGUGAUCCGAGAAGGGAGGUGAAGGUGAAGCGGAAGGACACGAUGCGACCAGUUCGGGUGGAUUUUGUUCCUAUCAAGUAUGAGCACGAUACAAACUCGACGGGACCACCACUUCCUACAGCUGUGCUUGUGCUGAACCUCUCACCGCUGACGCCGAACUCGCAUAUUCGACGGUGUUUCUCAAUACAUGGCAUCAUCACCUCAUUUGAGCCUCAGAUCGACAAGACCACUGGCGCUGCUCUUGGGAUCGUGUACAUCAAAUACAGCACACAUGCUGAGGCGCGGAAAUGUGUCGAGAAGGAGAAUGGCAAGAAACUCACUGCUCUGAAUGGGGUCGCAGGAGGCGGCGAGGAGAUGGUCAUUGUUCUCGACGGGGAGGGAAAGAAGCUGCAGGCGAUCUUGAAGGGACUCAGCGCGCAGAAGCGCAAGGCGCAGGAGGAGAAGCGGCGGAAAGAGAGAGAGAAGGCGAAGGAGACUGGUUCUGCGAAGGGGACACCGUCCACGACAGCACCGCACACGCCCUUGGGUUCAGUUCACUCUUCUCGUCCGCCUGCUCCGUGGCAGAAGAGCGCAUCAAUGCGGCCUGCGCCUGCAAGCGCGAAGCUGCCGCCAAAACCGGUGAUUACGCCCAUGAACACACCCGAGCCGUCGACUGCCAAUUCCCAUCUCAAUGGUGUUCCAACUGGCCCAAAGGGCGCACCACCUGCGCCCGUACGCAAAGUCGCCCCGUCAACGUUCCGUGCUCGACUCAUGUCGAUUAGCAAGUACGGGUCCACUACACAACCGCCGUCGUUGCGCCCGCCUUUACCUGCGUCUGAGUCGUCGUCCUCCACUCCUCUUCGUCCUUGGGCUCGUAGGGGUCGCGAUGGCCAUGACACGCGGUCGCGUUCGCCCUCGCGGUCUCCGUCUCCUGUCAUGCGACGGCCCGGGCAGUCUUCCAAGAAUGCGUACCAGAAAGACCACGAGAUUGUCCUCGAGGCAUUGGCAAAGAAUGGCUUCGAGCACGUUACUUUGGAUGGACACGGAGGGCAGCUGGGCAGUGCAGUACGAGAAGAGGAUGUGAGGCAGUUCUUCCAAGGGUUCAGAGUCGAUAAGAUUCUCCGCGAUCGACUGGGCUGGUAUGUUACCUUUGAGACGAGCGACUCCGCGCGGCGCGCGGCGAUGGUACUCAACCACGGCUCGCGCACCCUCGCGUCGCGUUCGGUGAACGUGACGGUUCACCCUGCACCCGCGCCUCCAUCUGCGCCUGCGCGAAAGCGGUGGACGGACGGCGAACUAGUCGAUGAAGCAACAAGCGCGGUCGCUAAGGAGCUCAGGGCGCUUCUGGAGAAGGACCUGUUGGACAAGGUGGUCAGCACCGGGGUCCAGAAACUCGUUCUGGAGGAGAGGGUGAGAAGGGCGGCUCAGAUACCGGACGGUGAGCAGGAGACAAAGCAGUGGGGCUCUGGCCUUCGAGGGCUGUCCUUCAAAAAGCAGCGGAAGCGACCUCGUGAAGAGCGCGAGACGCCUUCACUGGUGACGCCACAGCCAGAUCCAGAGGUCGCCCGGUCACAAUCACAAACAGUGUCUUUCGUCGAGGAGCCUGCGGUCGAAAGACCGAGGAAACGACAGAAGAAAGUCAUGCCCAAGAAGGCGAUCGUCAAUGACGAUGUUGAGUCCGAGGAUGAGGAUCAAUCCCUCCCAGCCACUCCCUUACUGCCUGACGCCGCGCGGAAACGAUCCACGUCCGAGGUGACUGAUGCUGAAGAGCCUGUCAAGAAGAGGCUGAAGGCGCAGUCGGGGCUGGACGACAUCGUUCCUCCCCCGAAGAAGGUUAAGAAGGCCCCCAAGAAACCGAUCAAGAAGGUUCAGGCCCCGACUGGCGUCCAGGAGAUCGUCCACGAAGUUCUGCCCGACGACUUUGACUUCGAUGUGCCAGAGGUGGCGCAAGUCAGGAUAACGCCUACGCCACACUACGACUCCUCAGUGUCCCCUCUUGCAUCACCUUCCUGGAAGAAAGUCACCUUUUCUACCCGCGAGCAUGCGCUCCCGGAUCCAUUCGACGAGGGCAUCUGUGAAGACGAUGAGGACUUGUACUUCGCCAAGCUUGCCCUUGCGCGAGAUAUGGGUAUCGAUGAAUCCGAGCUUGAGCCUUCGUCAGCCCCUGCGCCCGAUCCCGACGCACCGCCUCCCUUUCGAAUCCAUGUCACUGGUUCUGCACGUACCGAGGGCUACUACAAGAUCUCGCACGCCGAGAAGUCUGCGUACGUGGCGCAGUACGCAUCCCGUGGCACUGUCAACGAGGUGGUACCCGAGAAGGAGCAACAGCCUCAACAGAGCAUCACGUCCUCCCGGUCUAACCGUGCCAAUGCACGUCGUCGUGCACAGGGCCUCGAAGAGAUCAACCAGGUCCAACGUGCGAUGGCCUUGUCGAAGGGCGAGUCGGCUGCGACGGAGCUUAUCAAGUUCAACCAGCUGCAGACACGGAAGAAGCACCUGCGUUUCGCUCGUUCACCUAUCCACGAUUGGGGUUUGUACGCCAUGGAGAGAAUCUCGCGAGGGGAGAUGGUCAUCGAGUACGUCGGCGAGAUCAUCCGUGCGCAGGUCGCAGACAAGCGCGAGAAGGCCUAUGAACGCCAGGGCAUCGGUAGCAGCUACCUGUUCCGUAUCGACGAGGACUUGGUUGUGGAUGCGACGAAGAAGGGGAAUCUUGGCCGUCUGAUCAAUCAUUCGUGCGAGCCCAAUUGCACGGCGAGGAUUAUCACGAUCAAUGGCGAGAAGAAGAUCGUCAUCUACGCAAAGCAAGACAUUGAAUUGGGCAACGAGAUUACUUAUGAUUAUCACUUCCCUAUUGAGCAAGACAAGAUCCCUUGUCUGUGCGGUUCUGCCAAAUGUCGCGGUUUCCUCAACUAG